AUGACUGGCCAAAUUUUUGAAGAAUGGGUUCUAAAUUUGGAUAAGCGUUUUCAAAGUACUGGCCGAAAAAUUUUAUUGUUUAUUGAUAAUUGCCCAGCACAUCCAAAAGACGUAGAAAGCAAACUGAAAGCCAUUGAACUGGCAUUUUUUCCACCGAAUAAGACCUCUAAAUUACAGCCGCUGGAUCAGGGAGUAAUUCAAAACUUGAAAAUUCUUUAUCGUACCAGAAUAGUAAAAGAAGCACUAAAGCGUAUAGAGGCAAACGAAAAACAAGAUAUUACACUUAUGGAUUGCAUCAAUCAUGAAACAAAAGCUUGGGAUAUUGACGUCAAAAAUCAAACCAUAGCGAAUUGCUUCAAAAAAGCUAGAUUUGGUCAAUACUCUGAAUGGGAAGAGGAAGAUGACAUACCUCUGAGUUUUUUAAGUACUACUGAUGAAUAUCAAAAUGUAAUUGAAGCUUAUUACGAAGCAUGGUUAAAAGCAAACAAAAUAACUUGCAGUGCUACUCUUCAGGAUUAUAUUUCAGUAGAUAAUGACCUUUGCACAACUGGCUUUCCAACAGAUGCCGAUAUUGUUGAGAAUUACUGCCCUGAAUUAGAUGAUCCAAUAUUAAGCGGAACGGAGAGUGACGGCGAGGGAUCGGUAGAAGAAACUAUUCACCAGCCUCCAAAUGCUUUCCGAACAUUGAGUUUAUAUUUGCAAACAAAUGACACUACAACUGAUGAGCACUAUACGGCUUUAAACAAAUUAGAGUAA